GUGAAGCAAAUCAUUUAUGUAGACAAUGCUGAACUACUGUGUAACACACAGGCUGCAGUAUAUGAAGCUAUAGGCUUUAAGGACGGCGCGCGCUCUUAGAUUGGUCGCUUGAGCGCUCGCGCAGUGAGACGUCAAAACGGGGCGAGUAGCGGCGGGGUUUUCUCUCUCUCUCUCUCUCUCUCUCUCACACACACACACACACACACACACAAGAAGGAGAGAGAGAUUGUGUGUGUGUGUGUGUGUGUGAGACAGAGAGAGAGAGAGAGAGACUUCCACACACACCGCGCGCACACUCCACGGAGAGCCACGCGCGCGCCUCUCGGACCGUGGACUCGUAUUUAUCCCUCGUGUUUAUUUCUUGUUUCGUCGCUCCAGAACCUCGUUUAUCUCCAAUGAAGCGUGAUUUGAUGCUGUUAAAGGCUUCUACUUGACAACAUUGGCUCGUGGGGUUUUUUUGUUUUGUUUUUUGUUUUUUUUCUUCCGCCAUGAGCUGCUUGGAUGUCAUGUACCAAGUGUACGCGCCGCCUCAGCCUUACUUCACCCCAACUUACAGCCCGUACCAUCAUCAUCCUCAUCCUCACCACCAGAAAUUGGCUUUCUAUUCCAAAAUGCAAGAAGAACCCGUAAGCGGAGGGAACUCGUUCUCCAGCCAUCCCGCGCCCACUAUAAAGGAGGAGGACUGCGUGCCCGAGAAGGAGCAGCCGCCCGAGGCCGAGUACAUCAGCUCACGAUGCGUCCUCUUCACCUACUUCCAGGGAGACAUCAGUUCAGUGGUGGACGAACACUUCAGCCGUGCCCUGAGCCAAACCACCAGCUACGGCGCUGCUUCAUCCAGCGGCAACAAAAGCGCACGAGGGGCCGCGUCCUGGAAAGACGGAUCGUUCCCAAUGAGCCAGCGCAGUUUCCCUCCGUCCUUCUGGAACAGCACGUACCAGCCCUCAGUCACGUCGUCUUUAAGCAGUGCUCUGGGUGCGUCCCACACCGACCUGCCCUUCCCUGCUGACCCGUACUCCAGCACCUCGUUACACAGCCACCUCCACCAGGCAACGCCGGAAUCCUGGCACCCGACACACCACCACCACCAUCAUCCGUACCCACUCGGCGGCCCCAUCAGCGCUCAGAGCUCGGCGUAUCCUCGGCCGUCGGUGCACGACGUGUACGGGACGCACUUCGACCCGCGGUACAGCUCUCUCCUAGUGCCCUCGGUGCGGCCGCACAGACUGCCCCCGGCCAUGGUGCCCGCUCCCGGACCCUCGUCUUGUGACAUCAGCAAGAGCGAUCCAGCCAGCUCGGCGUGGACCGGAGCGUUCACUGGGACGGGAUCCGAUAUGGGACAGAGCCUCAGCCUGAACGUGGACGCAGGUCUGCAAAACCAGGAUAAAAGCAAGGACUUGUAUUGGUUUUAGUGGCCUGCCUGCCUGCCUGCCUGCCUGCCUGCCUGCCUGCCUGCCCGCUCCAGCCUCGGCUGAUCUCUGUCUUUCUGUGCCUUGCGCUUAGGCCAGAGCAGGCUUGUCUUUUUUUUUUUCUUCUUCUUCUUCUUCUUCUUCCCUGUAACAGAUUGUGAUCUCACUUGCAGCUCGGCGCUACACGCUCUGCAGUGGGGUCAUCCUGAGCUGAAAUAGCACCACAGUGGAUAAACCCCAAGGCUCUGGAAGCCCCUUCCAGAGCGGAGAAACAGAGAGAGAGACAGAGGCGAGUCUCGCUGGAGGAACGGCCUUCCAGAAAUACACGCUGGUGGUGUGACCGGCAGCUGUUCUCUCCAAAGCAGACGCACUUCCAAGAGAAAUAAUAAACAAAAUAAAUAAAUAAAAAAGUAGAACAAGCGCUUCAUUCUGGGAUGCGUGAGAACCGGAACAACAGAAGUGUUUCAGAACGUCCUUAACAACAGGGACCACGGCCAGUGUCGAAGACAGGACAGGGUCUUAUUUCAACUUUUUUUUUCUUUUUUUUUUUUUUUUUUUUUUUAAUUAGAAACGAGAGACUCCGAUGAGAGAGCAGCAUUCUCUGUCGUAUAUUACAGAAGAGACCGGAGGCUAUUUGAAGCCACUUGACUCUAUCUAUAUUGCUCUCGACAGCUGUCAUCGACAACUGGCUCGGAGCUCAGCGGACACACAAUCGCAGCGUCGCUCUGCGCCAGUUCUCCACCUGGGAUUUUUUGUUUAUUAUUUUAUUUCAUUUUGUAAAAAAAAAAAAAAAAAAAAAAAAGGAGUGUUUUUUCGAACACACCCACGUGCAACCAAGUGGUUUGUGAGUUAAGGAUAAACAAGGAGAAGAGACACGUGAGGAAGUGCCAGCAAAUGGACACACACACACACACACACACAUACAGACUGUUUCAGUGUUGCUGUAUAUAUCCUACAUGUAUCUGAAUGUGAAGUCGGCUCAUUGCUGUGAACACACUGCCAAAAAUCUGCUGUUCGGAUUUCAGUCAUCACUGGCUCAGUAGCUACGUUUACACGCAGCCCAAGA